AGAUGAAGAAGAAAUAACAAACGAAAUAGAUUCAAUCUUUGGAAUUAUAAUUUUCACGGAUAUGAAAAUCUAAAAAAUAUAUUAGAUCGAAGGAAACUUGAUUAAAAUCCAAACGGAAGAAAUAAAGAUAUAUAAAAGAAUCAAAACAGAGGGAAAAAGAGAGAGAGAUAAAGAGAAAAAAAGAAGAAAAGGAAGAGAAAAAAGGUGAUAAGAGACAAUAAUAAAAGAGUGAAAUAAGUCCUUCACUUCACGAAGAUUCCAGAAAUAUAAAAGGAAAAGAGGAAGAGAAGAGAAGAGAGAGAAGGAAAGAAAAGAAAAGACACACAAACGAAGCAGCAGAAGAAGGAGAAGGAAAAGGGCAAAGAAUCAUCACCUAUCGUCAAGUCAAAUCAACUUAAUUCAUUGAUUUUGAAACACAUUUUAAGACUUAAUUUCCCCCUUGACUCUGUUAUGGCCAACCUCUUCGGAAUUAUCGUCUCGGGGCGUCUGGUGCAAACAAACUUCGAGCAAGUGGGGGAGAAACAGUUCCUCUGCAUCAUUCCUGAGGCGGACAACAUCAAUCACGUGGUAGUCUUUCUGACGGGCAGUGUCCCCUUUCCCGAUGGUCUUGGGGGCUCAGUAUACUUUAGUUGGCCAGACCCCAAUGGCCCCCCCACCUGGCACCUCCUGGGUAACAUAACGAACACCAAACCCUCAGCAAUAUUCAAGAUUUCUGGCCUAAAGAAAACGGGCGACUCAAUCCUACAGUCGGGGUAUAAUUUCGGAGCUCAGAAAGUAUCCCACAAUGCUCAGAUUGGGAUAUCGGUGGAACCGCUGUCACAAAUACAGGGCCAGGUUGCCAAUCCAUCCACAGAGGCAUCAACCCUUAAUUCCUACAUGGAGUUCAGCCAUGCCAUGUGCGAAAACCUCUACAACUUUGCAUCUAGCUUCGCCCAGAGUCCUUCGCAGAUCACCCCUAAUCCAUCCGAACAGUACUUACCCUUCUCGGUGCUCACGAAAUGGUACGAGAGCUUCAGCCGGAAGUUGCAACAGAACCCGAAUUUCUGGAAGAAGUAGUGAUCCAAGGCAGUUGCAUCCUUGUUCUGGCUCUUGUAUAAGUGUAAACUGUUUGUGGAUUGCCAGUGAUUGAUGCCCAUAUGACUAGCACAAGCGGAAUACAUUUGUUCAGCGAAAUGCCUUUACUCUAAGCUCAAAGAAAAUAAUAAAAUAAUAUAAUGGAGAUCAUGAAAUAUCUUUCUAUCUAAUGUCUCUUGGUUUUGCUUAUACAUCUGAUACAGUGUUAAUACUCUAUUGUAUUCUCUUUUAUAUAGCUAUGAAUAUUAUAGAAUGCUUUUAUUCCAAGUUAUUUUAUUCAUAACUCAUAAUUCUCAUUUCUUUGUGAAACACAGUGAUGAUUUAGUGGCCUAUACAUCCAUAUCAAAAAAGUGCAAGUCUUUGUCCUACUAUGGUGAUUUACUGUGUAAUUUCUUAGGGAUAUAUAGAAUUUUGGCACAUAAAAGUUUCCAUGAGUUUGUUCACUUAAGGGUGAAGGUCUGGACAAGAUUACAACAGCAAUUCCAGGUAUUGCUUCACAGAACGGAGUAACGGAGACAAAUUAUAUAUCAUAAUAGGGUUCGAUUACUCUCAGAAAAUGGAGGGGAAGAAUGAAGUGUCUGAUUGCAUCUCAAUUGUUAUUUGUAAAGGAAUAUCUCUGGCAUAAGAAUUUCAAGGAUGUGGCAUUUUCAUUUUAAGUACCCUUUCUGUCCCAUGAUGAAAGGCAUUUUACAAUUAAUGGGAAUUGUAAAUUAAGUCUUACUGUAUCAUAUUUUUAGAGUGUUUCUGUUAACCUCUGUUUUUUUUACUUACAGUAUACUGUUACGUUUACCUGCUGUGUAUAAGAAAAAAAGUUAGAUAUAUAUUUUAUUUGUUUUUUAAGUUUUCCUAUACUGUUGUCAGUUUUAUACUGAUUUUGUGUACCUUUUUAAUAUUUUUGAUUUUUAUAAUACCUGUUUAUGUUUGUGGGGUCUGUUUUGGGUGUAUAAAAUGGAAACUGCUCAGUUAAUACAGACUGGAUUCCUUUUUAUAUACAGUCAGUCACCCCAGUUUGUAGUUAACUAGAUUUACCAGUGUCAUCUUGUGUGCUUCAGUUAACAAGGGUCAGUUAAACAAUGUCCCAGAUUUAUUUUAGAGAAGAGAAAAAAGGGGCAGUUGCGGAUAGGAUUGGUAGACUUGUUAAAAGGAGUGUGGCCCAUCUUCUCUGUGCUUGAAGUGUGAACUGUGAUACAAAAAAAACAAACUAAUAAAUGCUUAAGAUGAUUGUACAAUGUCUUGUGUGAAUUGCAUUUAUUCCAAUUAUUAAUAUGAUGUCACGCUGUCAAAAUAAAUGAAUGACACGGAAGAAAAUCAUGGACACAAGAUCAAAUGUGAUGUAUACUGAAAAACAGCAAUAUAGCAAUCAGUCAGUCCAAGUACAAUUUUCAGUGCAGUGUCAAAGCUGUUGAUGAUAGUUAUAGUUAUCAACAGCAAUCCUUUAGUCUCCCUCUUAUCAAUGCUUUCUUCCAGCAAAUUAUUUGGCUUUUAAAUUUCACUACUACAAUUUCUUUUAACCCAUUGCUGCUGGGUGGUUUCCCAAUGUAAAAGCCCUCUCUUCAGGGCUGUAUUCACAGUGGCAAUUCUGCCGGGAUUGUGUCGGCACCACAGCGUGCACGGCAUGACCAUGCAUGCCCCCGGAAAAUGGGACUAGCGCACCAUGGUACAAAUGCACAUACCACCUGGAAUGUAGUCCAGGCAUGCCAUGGCAGGUAUGUACAUGCCACUCAAUGGCAAGGGGUUAACAUAUUCAAGGCUGUUAUUACAUUAUGACUACUCCAGGAGACAAAACUAAUAGUUUCAUUGUUAUGAUUACAAAAUGUAAAGACAGAUAAACAAUUACAAAGACAUAGACCAAUACACAUUUAAAUAUUAACUUUGUCAUAGAAACAUGCGUCAUGGAUAUAUCCCUUUUCCUGAUGAAUUAUUCCCUGGUCUAGUCUCUUAACCCAUUAACUGCAGUACUAAAAGUUGUCUAGCAGCCAGUAAUGCUGGUUCUUGGCACCUAUUGGUAGUUUUCCUUGUUUUUUUACUGCCACUUCAAGCGCAUUUGGCACAUAAUUGCUUAUUUGUAAUAUUAAGUGACAUGAAAUAGGAUAUUUUUUAUUUAUUGAAAACUUUUUGCCGAUUCAGCAUGCAAGGUCAUUAGCAGCAUAUACAAAAUAUAGUGAUAGGAUGGGGCUUAUGAGCAAAAGACCCCAGCUAAGAUUUUUUGGCUCAGUAAGACAAUGUUUGUAGAUUUCCAGAAUGGUCAGUGGUCAAAACAAACAAAUGCACCAGGCAUCAAAGGCUACAGAGCACGAUGGUAAACUAUUAUGGCAAAAAGAGUAAAUUAACAAUUUGGAUUAGUGAUCAGAAGAAGGGGAUGAAGAAGAGUAGGAAUAGUAAAGGGAGAGAAGAAAAGACCCAGCAAAAUUAGUUGAGGCGAGGGCUGACGACCAAGGCAGGGCUGUCCCUACAGCCUUACCUGAAUUGUGGAGAAACAUCUGAAUACUGCCUUAAAAAUACUCACAAUUCUGAAGUAAUUCUUCAGUCCUGACAUCAAAAAUUUACUGUAGAUUAUUGAUCAAAGUACCUGACAUCACAUUAAUGUAGAUUCGUAGGUAUAACAAUCGUCAAACUGUACUCUUCAUUUAUCGCUCUCUUUCUCUUUCUAUCGUGGUAAAGAUGUACUCGAGAUGUUGCCAAUGACUGGCUGAAUGCAAGACUUCAAUAAAACUGUUGCAUUUAAAAUAAUCAUCACCAACCUAUCAACUUCUCAAAUGAUUUUCAUCACUCUAACAAUAAAAAUAAAAUAGUAUAGUUUUUCUUGCCGUCGUCCAUACCACUGCAUACAGGCCAUUAACCCUACUCACUCCUUAAGAACUAGACAGACCCACUUCCCUCAAUCACCCUUCAGAGAUGGCAUUGUUAUUCCAAAUAAUUUCUUAACCUAAUACAUCGGGAAAGCUUGCUUCAGACUCUUAAGGC